GAACAUGGGAACAAGGAUGAUGUGUUUAACGUUGAGCUGCUUCAGGCCGAGGGCAAGAUCCAUCCAGACCAACUUCAACAACAUCGCAAGUCUUUCCUGACUUCCAGUGCUGGGUACGGGGCCAUACACAGCCUGGAUGGACAUGAAGAUGUUGAAAUCAAACAAGGAAGGAGAUUGGAGAAAGAGUCAAAGAAGGUGGCAGACAGAGACAAAAUAAUGAGAGCGGCCAACAAGGUAUCUGGGUUUCCCAAGCAGAGGGCAUCGAAACCACACAAGAAGAAGGACGAGGUUCCAAGCAAUGUCUCAGAACUGAUCAUCUACUCCUCUGAGCUGGAGAACCAGGUGCAGUUUGAAGGAUUCCGGGAUUGGCUGCACACGUUCCAGCUGUACAGGGGCAAGAAUACAGGCAACCAUGAGACGGAUGAGAACAGGGUCGUUGGCAAGUUCAAGGGCUCCAUGAAGAUUUACCAGAUCCCGCUACCAUCAGACAUUGAAGAUUGCGUCAUCACUGGAGGGGAGGCAGCUUAUGGACUCUUCCAAGGUCUACCCAGUAAUGAACCAGUCAAGGUUUUGGUUCGAGUGUACAUUGUUAAG